AGAAUUUAAUAGUUUUACUCUAAAAGGUUCCAAUUUCUUUUAGAAAUAUACACAUCUGAGGGCUGGUCCAGUCCUUCAUGCAUUAUCGGUGAUGCACAACUACAAGUGGUAUAAUAAUGUUCCAUUAAAAUUCCCAUGAAAUGCAAAGUUUGAAGAUGCACAACUACAAGUGGAAAUACCCAUAAAAGAUGCCCAAAACACAACUGGAAAUAACCAUAUAUAAAAAGGAAAUGCAAAGCUAGAUAUAGGCUCGCAAGAAAAAAAAGAUGGCUAAAAUAGGUAAGUUAGUCCGUGAAGUUGAAAUCAAAAGUGAUAUUAACUUGGUCUAUGAAAUCUACAAGCACAAACCAAACAACUCUGCGAUCAUCGCCCCUGAUAAGGUUCAAGCUUGUGAUUUAGUUUCUGGUCAAUGGGGUGCGCCUGGAUCUGUCAUUCUCUGGCGUUUCAUCCAUGAUGGAAAAGUGGAAAGUGCAAAAGAAAUAGUUGAAGAAGUUGAUGACGAAUUACACAAAAUUGUGUUCAAGGUGAUUGAAGGAGGAGUGUUGGAGGUGUAUAAUCCCUUAAUCAUCACGAUUAAUGUUGAAGAUAUGGGCCAUAAGAAGUUGGUUAUCUGGACUAUGGAGUUCGAGAAGGUGAAUGCAAAUAUACCUGAUCCAACACCAUAUUUAGACUUGCUUUGUGCUGUGGUCGGAGAUAUGGAUGCUUAUUUUCUCAACCGGCCAUGAUGGUAACAAUAAAAGCUUCCAGCGACCAGCAAGACUUUAGAGUUUAGACUUAGACUUGGAGAAUAAGGCAGGAGACAGAGUGGACUGAUCACUGAUCUUCUGAUCAGCAACACAGGCAACAGUAUGACAGCACGCAGUGAUGCAGGCCACAACAACGAUUAAGGAGUGUUUGGUACUUUGGUUCAGAUUCCAGACGAGGCACUAGGGUAGGGACGAACAAUAAUGACGAUAUGAUUUUUUGUUUGAUUCGGACUAUUGGAAAAGCACAGGAGGGGCCAUAGCCCAAAUUUUUAAUGUCUAGGCCUAAUAUUGAUAAAAAAGAUAUGAACUAUUUACACUUCUAAUAAAAAAAUCACGGGGGGCCACAACCCCUCCUGGCCCUUAAUAUACUUCGCCCCUGUUCCCUAACAACCCCUUCCCUAUCUCACACAAAAAGAGAAAAAC